GUGAGUAAAGAAAGAGUGAGAGCUCCUCCCUCUGUCAGACCAUCUCCGUGUCAGCUGAACAGCAUGACCUGUGUGACACUAAUGUCUGAGACAUCAUGAAAACAGCGUCACUUUGCUUAUUUAAAUGACUGUGACAUAAACACGGUGCAGGAAGUGUGUGAGGAUGCCAGCCGGUGUGUCUUGGCCUCGGUACCUGAGGAUGUUUGGAGGCAGUGUACUGGCCAUGUUUGCAGGAGCACAAGUCGUCCAUCAGUACUACCUACCUGAUCUGAGUAUACCAGAGAUCCCACCAAGGCCUGGGGAGCUUCAGACAGAACUGCAGGGAUACAGAGUCAGAGAAGAAGCUGCUGCUACGUUACAGCAGCUCAGAGAAGAACAAAAAGUGGACUGAUGUGGAGUUAUACGUCCUCUGUGUGAUGGACACACAAUCGAGCAGACUUUGUCCAGUUUUUGCCAACAGCUAGAGGCUGAAGAAUGCCUGGGUGAACUGGGACAUCAGUAAAUGGAGAUCUUCUGUGUUUGCCGUUUUCUUACAAUGGCUCAAACGAAUGAGACUGAAUACAACAAUGUUGGAGUUUUGCUGCCCAAGACGAAGACCUUAUCUUUUACGUCCAGUUGUAUCCAUCUGUUGUCAAUACAUCUUUACAUCCUU